AUGAUUUCAUCAGAGCUAAGGCAAUGACACUUCAAAUUGAGAAUUUUCAAAAGAGUAAAGAACGGAAUGAUAAAAAGGGUAUAUUUAUAGUUAAGGAGAAAACUUACUUAGCUAAAUUAGACAUUGACAACCUUACAGCUACACUCAAAACUCUUACUAUAAAUCAGAUUAAACAAGAAAGUAGCAAUGAUAACAAAAUUAAUAAGAUCAAAUCAUAUAUUAGAGAAUUAAUAAAAGUGGUUAAAGAACUUACUAACAACAAUUCAUUUUCUUUGUCUUCCUAA